GCCACUGUACAGUCACCCCUGAGGAAGAGAGAGCCAGCACACAGGCAGUGGAGCUGCACUCUUGUGUGUGGUGGAAGGAAGGCAUGCAGCUGGUGAAGCAGCUCUACGUCACACUCAAGGCCUGGAUUCCCAAGCAAGAGGCCUCCGCCAGCCAGCUGAGGUACAUCGCCCAGCAGCUGGAAAGGAUGAGACGAGAAGCAAACUACAGCCGCAAAGUGAGGGGUCUGGCCCCUGUGGGGGCCUUUGUUUCGGUGGUGUGCACUGCAGGCCUGGGCGUGCCACUGCUGGGGGCGGUGGCUGGGGGCGUGGCCGUCACGACGGCUAUGACAGCCAUAUGGGGCAUGGCGCAGAGAGUAGAGAGCUUCAAGACCAGCGACUGCAUGAAGACCGCCAGGAAGAUCACAGAGACUGACAAGGAGGCCGCCAAAGAGGUGGUCAGGCUGAUGAAGGAGCUGGACAAGAUGGCCGAAAGGAUGGCAUCCUCUCAAAGGUGUGUCGACAGCCCAGAGCCGCUCGAGAAGGAUCACAUCUUCACAAGAUUAGUCUCCGCAGGGCUGUUCGCUGGUACAACCCUCCUGACUGCGCCAAACGUGAACAAGAUGGUCUUCCUGAUGGGCAAGCUGGCAAAGAACAUGAGGGCCAUCAGCGUGCCUGGCGAGACAGCGGCCUGCAGGCCCAGGGUACGGUGUUUGUGAAUAACUCAUUUAUGUGUUCAUUGUGUCUGAUUGUUUUUCAGUCAUCACCCUGCCCAACUAAGAUCCCAUUGCGAUGAUGCCAAAAAGAUUCAAUUUCCAACAUUGAUAUUGUCAAACAAUAUUGUAGAGAAGCAGGGCACUUUAUGGAUUAAUACAGGAAGCAACUCAGAUCUUUAGAUAACACCAGAGGUGUUUAUUUAGCAGAGUUUAUUUGACAGCAGUGACUCACCGCUCACUAACACAAGCGCACGCACACACACAGGCACCUCCACACCUCCUUGUGGACUCACACACCUCUCAGGGUGAUUUUCACUGAUUAAUAACAAAUCACAGAAAUACUCCCAAAUGAACCAUAAACAUGUAAAACAAUAACGUGAACAAUGAUCACAGAAACAGUAAUUAAAUAUUUACAAUAAUCAACAAAUAAUCGCAGUUUCCACACAAAAAAUCCCAACCCUUUACAAAUCUGCUCCGACAAUAUCCAUAUAUGACAAAUACAUACCGGUAUAUAAAAUGAGCAAGAUGGGCUGAAUGGCCUCCUCUCGCCUGUAACCUUUCUAAUACAUACCGGUAUAUAAAACAAUCAAGAUGGGCUGAAUGGCCUCCUCUCGCCUGUAACCUUUCUAAUACAUACCGGUAUAUAAAAUGAGCAAGAUGGGCUGAAUGGCCUCCUCUCGCCUGUAACCUUUCUAAUACA